AUGUCGACCAACACAACCACCACCACCUCGUUUUCCAACACCAAGACCAUCCCUGCUACUCCCUACCUUUUUGCGAGCCAGCCCUUUUUGUCUUCCCUUUUACCCUCUCCUGACAUUAGUCUUCCCUCUGCCGUCCGCUUUAGAACCGCAGAAGGCGUCAAAACCAUGGCCAUGAACACAGAGAUCAUGGACUUUGUUGGCCGAUAUCAAACAUUACAGGGUUAUCAAAAUGCCAGCGACGAGCUGAUUAAGGAGCUUCAGGGCUCAUAUGGCGAAGAAAACCAGCUCCUGAAGCAGGAGCUGCGCAACGCUAAACUGGACCUUGAACACGCCACGGUUUCUAGAAGAGAAUUGCAGCACACAUUGUCUGGACUGGAAUCGGAUUAUAACUACAUUAAGAACCGCAAUCCUUACGUCUUAAUCCUAAUUGAUGGCGAUGGCCUCCUUUUUCAAGAGACCUUAAUAAACCAGGGUAUCGAGGGCGGUAAGCAGGCCGCCUACGCCCUUCGAUCCGCCGUCGCCGAAUAUGUGGGAAGUCAGUCUGGUGAAGUCGAGAUAAUUGCCAAGGUUUGCGCAAAUUUGUCGGGCCUUGGACGAGCUAUGCGUCGCGACGGCUGCUUGGAUAGCGAGGGUUAUCUGAAGGACUUUUCGCUAGGUUUUACGCAGGCCAAAGCUUCUUUUGAUUUUAUCGACGUCGGCCACGGUAAAGAACGUGCCGAUUCCAAAAUUAAAGAAGCUACACGAUGGCAUUUACGAAACCAUAACUGCAAACAAAUUUUGCUGGGCAUCUCCCACGACGCCGGAUAUGCCCCGUUCCUUGAUGAAAUCCUUCAAGACACAGACACUCGUGUGAGAGUCAGCCUUAUUGAGGGUGUUGCGACGGUCCGGGAGCUGAAGAACACCAAUGUCCACAUCCUGGACCCCCUUCCCAGCCUUUUCCGAGACCAGAAGCUGAUCGAUCGAUGUGGUGAUCGAUGUGUCGAAGCAGCAUAUCUGCAGCCAGCGCCGGCGAUGGUCUCAUCGCCACCACAAGCUGUUUCCUCGCCGGCUUCCACGUCGACGCCUUCCUCCUGGGCUUGUGUGACCAAGGCAAGCCCUCCACCUCAAAUCACCACCCCGUUAGCGAACAGAAGCAUCAAUAUUCCAAUCCGGCAUGCUCCCCAGCCCAAAACACAAGGCCCAACAUGGAACGUCGGACCGCGUGGGUUUGAUCCUCCAAUCCCUAUCAGCCAGGCGGCCUUGGAAAAUAUCAAGAAAAGGACAGGAAACAGCAAGUUGUGCAACAAUCACUAUCUGCGUGGCCCUUGCGCUAAAGGGGAUGAAUGCUGCUUUGAGCACAAGUAUAAGCCUAACAACGAGGAAAUCAAUGCUAUUGCUCAUUUGACCCGUCUGAAUCCAUGCACUAGCGGCCAAGAAUGCGACGUGGAGAACUGUAUUUAUGGACAUCAUUGCCCUAGUGUGGUCGGUAACACCUGCGCACAUCCAUAUUGCAAGUUCAGGGUUUCUGAUCACCCACCGGGAACGAAAUUUAAGAACUCCAAGAUUAUCGAGAACUAG